AUGAGUUAUUUAUUAGAUGAUAAAAAAUUGGUAUUAAAAAAUUUGAUAUCGAAAAAUGAGGCCAUAAAGAGAGAAAAUAUUCAUAUAGAACUUGAAAAUAAAGCCUUUUUAUGUCUAAUUGAAAAAUAUGGAGAGAAAAAAAAAAUAUUAAAAGUUAUAGAAUAUAUACAUUAUGUUUGUACAAUGUUAUAUAAAAAUGAAGAGGAUUUAAAUUUUAUAAAUAAUGAUGAUAAUUUUUUAAAAACCCUCGAAAAAUUAAUAAAUAAUUCUAUAUUAAGACCAAAAAUAAUUUGUAAAAAUAUCUUAGAAAGUAAUAAGGACCCAUUAUUGGAUAAUUCUGUAGCUUUAGAUUCUCAUCAUCAUUUUGAAAAAACAACAAUUCAGCCAGGUCAGGAAAAAGGCCAACCAGAUCAGGAAAAAGGCCAUGCGAAGAACCCAAUAUAUGAUGUAAAUAUUAAUGAUAUAAUUUCUUUAAAAAGCAAAAUAAAUAAUCAUGCUGAAAAUGCUGAAAAUGUUGAUAAUGCUGAAAAUGAUGAAAAUGCUGAAAAUGCUGAAAAUGUUGAUAAAUUAUCUAAGGAUUCCAAAGAAAAUAUAAAAGCUGUAGAUGUAGAUUCUUUGAAUCGAGACAAAGAAAAUGAGGUGGAAACAAAGGAAGACAUUUAUUUGAGGAAAGAAAAAAACAUUUGUUUGCAUUGGAGUGAAGAGAGUUCUACUGAUAAUUUUGUUUAUAGUGAAGAAAGAGAUAUUUCCCCAAAAAAUAAUAUAACAGAGUUAAACUUGAUGGGAAAGCAACAACUGAUAUUUAAUGAAAUCGAAAAGAUAAAAAGUGAAAUAAAAGAAUUAACUUUAUAUUUAGAAAAUACGAAAAUUAUUGUAAAUUCAGUAAUAUGUCAAUGUAAAAUAUUUUUAUUUGAUAUAAAUGAUGAGAUAAAAAAUUAUAAAAAUAUGAAAGAAAAUAUAAAAAAAAAUAAUUUUUUACUAAAAAAAUUAAAUACUAUAAAUGAAUUUUAUAAUAAUAUAAUGAAUAAACAAAAAAAAAAAAUUGAAGAAUCUCAAAAAACUAAUAAUACUUUAAUUAAUUUAUAUAAAAAAAAAUUUAUAAAUAUUAAAUAUAUUUUAUCAAAUAACAAAGACAUAAAUACUGUUGAUUUUUUAUAUUUACAUGUCUUAAUUCGAAAUAAAAAAAUUAAUUAUGAUCAUCUUAUGCGAACUCAUGAAAAUGAUUAUGCUCAUCUCAGAAAGUUGAUUAAUGAUAUUAAUGCAAUAGAUAACGAGUUAUCCGAAAAUGAAAAAAAGGAAAAAGAAAUUUUAGCAAAUUUAGAAAAAAACAAUGCUAUAUUGACCGAGAUGGAUUUAUUAAUUAUAAGUCUCACAAAUAAAAUUAACAAAAUAAAUAAAAGUUCAAAUAAAAUAAAUAAUUAUGAGCAUAUAGAUGCUGCUGGGAACUUUUCAGUCAUUGGAUUCAUAAAUCUAAACAAAGAAAUUCUAUCUGUGGAAAAGAAGAUAAAAUGUUAUCAAAGAAAAAUUGAAAAUAUAAAGAAUGUGGAAUCAAGUUACAAAGGAAAAGACAUUUUAUAA